AUUGCUUAUCAACUAGUCUUUCAUAUAUCUGUCAUUGUCACCUAUAUUCUACGAUUUUGCUACCAAAAUGGAAUACUUCAACGAUAAAAUUGAGAAAAAAGACGUCUUCAAGGACCUUACGACCUAUACAAACGACUACAAGAAAUAUAAAAACUACCAGCGAGAUCUAUAUCGAGGCCAGAAAUUCAAGUUGGAGAAGCCUAUAAGAUCUCAACCAAAACCUGCGUAUUCUGAUCACGAAUCAUUCGAUAGAUGGAAAGAUGAUGCUUACGUACCGUCAACAUUGUUCAUAGAACCAAAACCUAUAAUCAGGACCAGUCCACAAGACCGAUUUGUGAAAUUGGACCCUUCUGUAGUCGAGGAUCAUGGGAAAUUGGAGUCUAUCAAAACUAGACCAAGAGUAUAUAUGACGCCAGCUGUAAGUAUGGACGAUAUACCUGACCCAGAAAUGAGGAAGUUGCUGAUAAACAGAAUGUACACCACAGAAUGGAGAAAUGCAGUAAAAGAAGCGACAUUGACCUGGAAGAAGAUUAUUCCAGAAAUUAGUACCAUUGAAACAACUGAUACAGUUGCAUUGAAGGUAGAUCAGUAUCUCCCAAUAGGAGAACAGUACAGGGAUCGCGCCAAAGCAUGGGAUGACGAACAGAUGAGAGGUUACUCUGAUCCUACCAGGGACUUCUGGAUCCACAAGGACCCCCCUGUCGUAUGCGGCGCUUGUGUGGACCCCCUUAAAUUCAUCGUACCGGAAGAGCAAAAAGUCGUUAUCCGCGACCUGAUAGCUGAAGAAAAACUAAGACAGCCCCACGAUUUGGUAUGUCCGACUCACACAGGAUAUAGACCAAUGCUGUCAGCUGGUGUUUCACUUGGAAAAAAACCGAUCACUCCAGAUCAUCCAAUGAUGACCACUAAUCAAGUAGUUACUUUCCACCAUGAAGAAGAACUAAGAAAUAAACGAAAUUCGAAAUGA